AUGAUCUUGCCUGUUGAAAAAAGUAAGAGUAGUAUUCGAGGAGCAUUUAUACUCUUUGAAGGUUGUGACCGCGCCGGAAAGUCAACACAAGCGGCAAAACUGUUCGAGUCUUUGGAUGCUCUUGGAGUGCCUGUUAAACUGUGGAAAUUUCCGGACAGAACAACUCUAAUUGGACACAUGAUCGAUAAGUAUUUGAAAAGCGGACAUGACUUGGAUGAUAGAGCAAUUCAUUUACUGUUUUCGGCGAACAGAUGGGAGUGCAAAUCUGUCAUGAAAGAUAUCCUUCUUGACGGUACAACAUUGAUAGUAGAUCGAUAUGCAUACUCCGGCGUCGCAUAUUCAGCAGCAAAGGAUCUUGAGUUAGAGUGGUGUAAAUCUCCGGAUAUCGGAUUAUUAACACCAGAUAUUGUUUUCUUUAUGGACAUGAAAGCAGAAGAAGCUGCAAAAAGAGGCGGAUUUGGGGAAGAACUAUAUGAAAAAAAAGAGUUCCAAGAAAAAGUUAGAGAUGUAUUCAUGUUGCUCAAGGAGCGUACAUGGGAGACAUUGGAUGCACGAAAAUCCGUAACCGAACUUUAUGAACAUAUUGGAAAAAUGUCAUUGAAGAUAAUUCAAGAGUGUAAAGGACUACCAUUAAAAGAAGACUUGUGGAAAUCAUAA